CAAUAAACUCCCAAUAACACCUUUUACUCCAAACACUUCCCACUUCACAAUCCUUUGUCUUCUGUUUUACUAUAAUGUUAAUGUUGAUGUAGUAAUAGCAAUGGUAAUAAUUCUAGACAAAAAAAACUCAAUCACCUACCACUGAUAACUCCAUCUUUUCUUCUUCUUCUCUCUUCCCCACCACUCCACAAAAACUCCCAUGUCCAUCUUCUUCUUCUCCAUUUUGCCACACCCAACAAACACAAUUGCCACUCCAACAACACAAAUAUUAUUUAUAAGCCCUUUUUCUUUUUCUUUUUCUCAUUUUUGGCUUUGGGUGCACAGAAAGCUCCACCCCAUCUUAGAUUUACACUCACAUUACUGCAAAUUAUAAUAAAGUCUCGACUUUUUUGUCCAUUUAGGUCCAGUUUUGCAUUGAUUUCAGUUUCUUGGGCAUGAAUUCUUUAUUACAUUGGUGAUGUUUUUUGGUUUGAGAUCUGGAUUUUGAGUAGUGGGGGGUUGUUAGAAACUUUCAAAGAUCUAGUCUUUGAAGGUUUUGUUCUUGAGUUCAGCUUAAAUUUAAGGUUUUUGGGCAUCUUAUAAACAAGAAAUGGCUGGUCAUCUUAAAACAGAAAUGUCCAAGAAAACUUCCAUUUUUGGUCUCAAGGUGUGGGAAGUAGGCUGCAUUGCUUUGUUAAUGUUUGUCAUACUCAUUCUUUGCGUGUUGUCGUAUUAUAUGACUUCGCGGAAGAAGUCAAGAAGAGAUCGAAAGAGGCUUCCUCUUAGCCAAAUUCCGUCCGUUUCUAAAGAAAUUAAAGAAGUUCGUGUGGAACAUGUUUCCGCAAACGAAUUUGUUCCGCGUGAUGGGAUUCUCUUGACAAUUCAUGAUAAGAACAGGGAAAAAGAUUCAGAUAAGGUCAUGGUCCAUCUGGGGAUGGGAAAAGUAAAGAAUGGAGACAAUAGCAGUCAAUCAGGUUCAUUUCAUCAUUUAGAUAAAGAUUGUGGAUCACAAUCGGGUGAAGAAGGGAGCUCUGGCACAGUAACGGUAUAUAAACCAUCUUCGUCGUCGUAUCCUAUUACUGCUCCUUCUCCUCUAUGUGGCUUGCCUGAAUUCUCUCACUUGGGUUGGGGUCACUGGUUCACAUUGAGAGAUCUUGAGCUGGCAACAAAUAGAUUUUCAAAAGAGCACAUCCUUGGGGAAGGUGGAUAUGGAGUCGUUUACCAGGGACAUUUGAUCAAUGGUACUCCUGUGGCAGUGAAAAAGAUCCUGAACAACGUGGGCCAAGCAGAAAAGGAGUUUAGAGUGGAAGUGGAAGCCAUUGGUCAUGUGCGCCACAAAAAUUUGGUUCGCCUUCUGGGAUAUUGCAUGGAAGGGACCCACAGGAUGUUGGUUUAUGAAUAUGUCAACAAUGGAAACUUGGAACAAUGGCUUCAUGGAGCUAUGCGUCAACAUGGAUAUCUUACUUGGGAGGCUCGCAUGAAGGUCCUCCUUGGCACGGCUAAGGCUCUUGCCUAUUUGCAUGAGGCCAUUGAACCAAAAGUGGUGCACAGAGACAUUAAGUCGAGCAAUAUAUUAAUUGAUGAUGACUUUAAUGCCAAGGUUUCUGAUUUUGGCCUGGCCAAGCUGCUUGGAUCUGGAAAAAGCCAUGUCACGACUCGGGUUAUGGGAACGUUUGGAUAUGUGGCUCCUGAGUACGCAAAUACCGGUCUUUUGAAUGAAAAGAGUGAUGUUUAUAGCUUUGGGGUUUUGCUCUUAGAAUCUAUUACCGGAAGAGAUCCUGUAGACUACGGCCGUCCUUCCCACGAGGUAAAUCUGGUUGAUUGGCUAAAAAUGAUGGUCGGAAGCAGGCGGUCUGAAGAAGUCGUGGAUCCGAAUAUUGAUGCAAGGCCAUCAACAAGAGCUCUAAAGCGGUGCCUAUUAACUGCCCUGAGGUGUGUUGAUCCAGAUUCUGAAAAAAGACCUAAGAUGAGCCAGGUUGUUCGUAUGCUUGAAUCUGAGGAAUAUCCUAUUCCAAGAGAGGAUCGAAGACACCGACGAACACAAGGAGGCAGCAUGGAUAUGGAAUCUCAGAAAGAGAUCUCCGACACCGAACGUAGCGAUAAUCCAGGUUCAAGAUCAGAAAGCAAGCGGACAUAACGAAACACGAUUGAUAAUUGUUACAGAUAUUUUCAGUCAUGAAAAUCCCGAGCUUGACUCUAUUUAAGCUGUUGAUAACUUAGGACAUGGGAAAGGGUAGGAACAGAAGUGAUUUUUUAUUACUAUUAUUUUCUUAUAAAUUGUGUUGGAUCAUGUAGAUGAUAGAGAAUGAUUUGGCUUUUGUAUUGAAUUGUUGUUGUGGAGGACCCAUGUACAGAAUUGGGUUAGCUUUUUCAAAGAUUGUUUGAUGUUUGGACCACCUAAAAAGACUUCUUUGUCACCAUUUUCACCUUAA